AUGUUUCAGCAACUUGUACUUCCUCUUUUACUUCUCGUUCAAUUUUCACAUCAAGCACCUAAUACUUACGGUAAAUCUUGUAAUAGUGAUAGCGGUUGUGAUGCACAUCAGAAAUGUCUCAACUCUAUUUGCCGUUGUAAUGACCGAGAGCGGCGAUUUUGGACAGGAGAAGCGUGUGCAAUAUGUGCGAGAGAAUAUAGUUUGACAGUUGAUCGAUGUUAUAAAUAUUUCAAUGAUUUGAAAACCUGGUCAGCAGCCCGAGCUCACUGCCGUGCACAAUAUGCUGAUCUAUUUACAUGGCGUGAUAAUCAUGACGAACAGUUUAUUCGACCCGUCAUGUACAGUUGGAUUACUUCAAGUUCGAGCGUAUGGUCAUCGUUUUUCUCCACGAUAUACGGUAUAACACUCAAAAAUUCUUAUAUUGCAUGGUCAGGAGCAAUUGUUACUUCAUUAAAUCCGUUUACUACAAAAUGGAUGGAUCCAAGUGGAAUGAAAUUAGAGUUAACAAGUUCAGAAUGGUGUGAUCCAACUAGACAUGCCGGUUACACAUUAGGCAAGCAACCGAGCAGAGAAAAUAAAAAUGGUACCAAUGGGACAGAAAGUGAAGAAUGUGUAACAUAUAAUUUUGGUCCUAGAGUAACAAAUUUGCUUUGCCUGUCUGAUGAUUACUGCAGUCAAAAAUAUCCAUUUAUUUGCGAAAUGAAUGAUGCUAGUAUGAAAUUGGCCGUUGCCACUCAUCAUGGCGAUAAUGGAGAUCCAUCGUCGGGAACAAACGACGGUGAUGGUGGCACUGACGAAAUCGAUUUCGAACAACCACCACCGCCUCCACCAUCAGAUUCAAAUUACGAGAAACUGAAUAACGACUCGCCGUCCGCUUUGAGCGCAAAGUCUGGUAUUCUCUCGAAUACCAAUGUAAUCAUAUUUGUUAUUAUUGGAAUUCUUUUGGUUGUUGGAGCUGUCGCUGGAUAUGUUAUUAUUAAAAAGAAGAAAGCAACGGCUGGUCAUGGUAGCGGCGGACAGGGAGGUGUCUCUCAAGGCAGACCAAGUUUUGCUAGUUCAGUUGAAAGUAUGGUAGACGAAUGA